AUGGCAGUAAGUCUUCGGAAUGGGAGAGAUUUAGACAAAGAGCAGGAGGUUGCACAAGCCAGCAAAGAGACUACGCCAUCCACUCCAAUUCUACUAGAGGUAGAUGAACUAACAAAUCUGACUGAAGUGGUAGUUGAACAGGGUCAAGAUAAGGGUAGGGCUAAGGUAAAUGAACAAGUUGCAGAACAGGUGGUGCCUCUUGUGCCACAGAACCCCAACAGAGAGAAGCCAGCAAGCAGUGAACAAAGUGUGAUACCUGCACCAUUUCCUCAGAGACUGGUAAAACAAAAGAAGGAAGAUCAAUACAAGAAAUUCAUGGAGAUGCUGCGUCAAAUUCAGCUGAAUAUUCCUUUGAUGGAUGCCUUGAGGGAGAUGACAGGUUAUGCAAAGAUGAUGAAAGACCUAAUGUCACGGAAGUUUGAUUUUCAGGACCUAUCCACAAUGACUCUGAUGCAGACUUGCAGCGCAGUAGUGACCAGACCGAUGGCUCAAAAGAUGUCCGACCCGGGUAGCUUCACUAUUCUAUGCAUGAUUGGGAGUUACGCCUUUGCAAAGGCAUUAUGUGAUUUGGGAGCCAGCAUAAAUUUGAUGCCUCUGGCUGUAUACACCAGACUAGGCAUUGGCAGAGCUAGACCGACUUCGAUGCUGCUGCAACUAGCUGACCGCAUGGUAAAAAGGCCUACUGGGAUUCUUGAUGAUGUGUUGGUGCAAGUGGAGAAGUCCGUGUUCCCUGCAGACUUUGUUAUUCUGGAUUGUCAGGUAGAUGAGGAGAUACCUAUCAUUUUAGGUAGGCCAUUUUUGGCCACUGGGAGAGCCCUGAUCGAUUGUGAGACUGGGGAAUUAAAAAUGAGACUGAACGAUGAAGAAGUCAUAUUCAAUGUUCAGCAAUCUAUGAGGAGACCUAGUGAAUAUGUUAAUUGCUCUCUAGUGGAGGCAGUGGAUGUGAUCCUGCAAGAAGAUGAUAUGACCCUGACUGCUAAAGAUCCAUUGGAGGCAUGUCUGACAAAUUUAGAAGAAAUGGAUGGUGAAAGAUUGGCUGAGUGGGUCAUGGCACUUGAAGGCCAAGGAUUCUGGAAAAGGGAACCUCAGUUCGAGCCCCUUGAGUUAGAAAAAAGGGCUACACCUCCAGCAAAGCCAUCGGUAGAGGAACCACCCAAGUUGGAGCUGAAGCCGCUUCCAGCUCACCUCAGGUACGUUUUCUUAGGCCCUGAUUCUACUUUGUCUCUUAUUAUAUCAUCCAGUUUGUUAGAUGUGCAGGUAGAACAGCUCUUACAGGUACUGCAGGAAAGCAAGACUGCCAUUGGCUGGACCAUGGCAGACAUAAAGGGACCCUUCAGAGUGGUGCAAUUGUUCUUGAGUGGAGCUAUAGAGAUUGAAUCAGAAAAUGGGACAAACAAGUUCACAGUAAAUGGGCAAAGGUUGAAACAUUACCUUGGCAUGGCUGAAGAAAAAGGGGAUAGAGUGGUAAUCACUUUGGGAGAGCCCCAGUGCGCAGAUGAGGAGUGA